GUCGUCACCCGCGGCGGGCACGGGCUCGAGCGCGGGCACCCAGCAUGCGGGCACGGCUCACAUGGAGGUCGCUGUUCAGUGUGGUCCUUGGACUCUUGCUUCUGAGUACCACGGCCAGGUGCAGCUGCUCGCGCCGGUACCCGGAGCUCCUGGACCAGCUGCGGAACCAGGCGGACCUCCUGCAGAACCCUGAGAGCCUGCUGAUCCCCUACAUCCAGUACCAAGGCCUGGAGGUGCCGGGGCCGAGUGAACCCUGCACGGAGCACCCCAGGGACUUCCCCAGUGAGGCUGCCCUGCAGCGGCUGAGCAGGCGCGGUUUCCUGUGGACCCUCAACGCCACGAUAGACCACGUCCUGCCCAGACUGGAGACCAUGAAGAAGGAACUGUUCGCGCCCACGGACUUGGAGCAGCUGCAGGCCACCGCCAACAACCUCCUGGGGCUCAGGAGCAACCUCUACUGCAUGACCCGGCUGCUUCAGGGCUCCUCGGAGCCGGCCAAGCCCACCCAGUCUGGCUCCGAGCCCUCGCCGCCGCCGCCGCCGCCGCCGCCGCCGCCACCGCCCACCCGCUCCCAGCACGUCUUCCAAGCUAAGCAGGAGAACUGCAGGUUCCUGUGUGGCUACCACCGCUUCAUGCGCUCCGCGCGCCGGGUCUUCAGCGAGUGGCCGCACAGCCUGAACCCGAGCCCGACACACAGCCCCCCCGAGGACCUGCCGAAGCAGAUCCCUGGCAUCCGACCCUCCAGGAGGACCAAGAGACCAAAGCUCAGGGGGAAACUGCUCCUGUAGCCCGAGAGGGGCCGCCGUGAUGGGCGAUGCCCCAGGGAUGCGAGUCCCUGCGGCUCAGAAGUGCACUUUCGCGGCUGUGGAACUGGGCGAGACCCUUCUACCUCCUCCAGGCUGGCCCCCCUGCCCUGAGUUCCCCAGUCGGGGCUGGCGCGGGGAGGGGGUGGGGUUGACCAGGUCAGGCCACGCGGGGCCGACUUUCCAUUGAUUCAGGGGUCUGAUGACAUAGGCUGACUCACGGCUGG